AUGCCCAGCGUAGAGCUACCCAACGGUUCGAUAGGGAGGAAAUCGACUCCGGCGUCCAACUCCAUCACCGAUGACGGAAAUGACGAAUUCGGCCUCUUGAAUCAAAAUCGCGGUGAUGGUACAGACUUGGGAGGCAAGUCAAAGGAUGACUCGUCCUCUGCACCUCCGGCAUGGAGCGAGCUCAAGACCAAGGCUGGCAAGGACCGGAAACGCCUACCACUCGCCUGCAUCGCCUGCCGUCGCAAGAAGAUACGCUGCUCCGGCGAGAAACCUGCCUGCAAGCACUGCAUGCGGUCACGCAUACCAUGCGUUUACAAAGUCACCACCCGAAAAGCCGCACCGCGCACCGAUUACAUGGCCAUGCUCGACAAGCGACUCAAGCGCAUGGAAGAGCGCAUCAUCAAGAUACUGCCAAAGAGUGACCAGGAGACAAUAUCGACCGUCCCCCGCGCCGUGGUCAAACCCGCCAUCCCCGGCACCGGCACAAUGUCGUCAAACAAGGUAUCUACCAAGAAGCGCAACGCCGACGAAGCAUUUGGCCGAGAUCUCGAGGCUUGGGCCAAGGCCCCCAGGCCGAAGCUACCAGAAGAUCAUGCGGCCGGCUCGCCUGAGUCUCGCGAAGCUGCAGAGAACGAACUGCUACGCGAAGGAAGAGAAGCCCUCCCCCCCAAAGAUGUCCAGGAACACCUCACCGAAGUCUUUUUUGAUAAUGUUUAUGGUCAAUCAUAUCAUCUUCUCCACAAACCAAGCUACAUUCGCAAAUUAAAGAAUGAUACGCUCCCGCCUGUGCUGGUCCUCUCCGUGUGUGCCAUCGCAGCGCGCUUCACGUCGAGCCCAAAGUUCAACUCGACUACCAAGCAAUUCAUGCGUGGAGAGGAAUGGGCUUCUCACGCCAGAGAUAUCUGCACCAAACGAUACGACUGGCCUAAUAUAACGAUACUGACUUGUCUUCUCAUCUUGGGAAUGCACGAAUUCGGAACAUGUCACGGCGGCCGAGCCUGGGCCCUGGGUGGGCAGGCUAUUCGCAUGGCCUUUGCUCUUCAUCUGCACAAAGAUUUGGAGUAUGACCCGCAGUCGCGGAGUAAGAAGGUCAAGCUGAGCUUCAUUGACCGCGAAAUUCGUCGCCGUGUCAUGUGGGCUUGUUUCAUGAUGGAUCGAUUCAACUCGUCCGGCACAGACCGCCCAGUCUUCAUCAAAGAAGAAACCAUCAAAAUCCCUCUUCCCGUUGCUGAGAAAUAUUUCCAGUUUGAUAUGCCCGCUCAGACAGAAUUCCUAGAUGGCAGCGUCCCCGAGUCUAACAUGUCCGAACAAGGCGAGGUGGAUAACCCUCGUGACAACAUGGGGCCGUCUGCCUAUACUAUUCGAUGUGUGUCUAUUUGGGGCCGUGUCGUUACGUACUUGAACCAGGGUGGCAGAGAACAGGAUCCAUAUCCGAUGUGGAACAAAGACUCCGAGUAUGCUAAACUGGUGCGGGACACUGAGGAGCUACUGCGUACACUUCCCGAAAGCCUGCAGUGCACUCGCGAAGCUCUGGAGAUUCACCGAGCAGAGAGCACAGCAAAGCACCUCCUGUAUCUCCACAUGGCCAUUCAGCAAAACUUGCUCUUUCUUCACCAAGCCGCCGUUUCCUUCUCCCAAGAUCGUGUCGGCGAGGAAGCACCAGAUGACUUCAUCCCACGAGCCAGCGUCAAUACUUUUGCGGCGGCUAACAGGAUAUCAGACCUGAUAAGAGACGCUGAAGAGGUGCAGUGCAGCAUAUCGACACCUUUUGCUGGGUACUGCGCCUUCUCCUCGGCCACCAUCCACAUCACCGGCAUCUUUUCUGGAAACCCAGCGAUGAAAGCUACCGCGGAGGCUAAUUCUAGCGUAAAUGUGAGAUUCCUGCGUAACAUGAUGAAGUAUUGGGGCAUGUUCCACUGGAUGGUAGAAAACAUUCGCAUCCAGUUUCGCAACGCCCUCGAUGCUGCCCGCACGGGAGGCCCCAACAACGGGAGUACCGCUUCUUCUCCGAUCCUGCAAUAUUCUGACUGGUUCAACCGUUAUCCUCACGGAGUUUCGGACACGGACUACAUGGAUCCCGCCGUGUAUAGGAAGAAGGAGCGGGGAGAGGAUGGUGCUUUGGAACAGAAGCCAGAGCUGCAAUCGAUUGAAGAGUUCUUUAUGGCUGUUGGGCCGAUGCUGAACGACAAAGAUGGGCAGCGACCUGGACCAUCCAAACGGAAGGGCACCCUGAAGAAGCCAACCACGAACGAGCAACAUGCGGCAGCUAUGAGCGGGCAACACCUCCAUGACCAGAUGAGACUCGCCAUGCAGCAGCAGCAACAACAACAACAAUCUGGACAACCGCCGAGAUUUCCCAACUCGCUUGGGGUGCAGACAACCAACCCAUCUGGUUUCAACUCCCUUACCGUAUCGCAACCACAAAAUUCAACAUACCCUAUGAUGCCACUAGGCCCUGCUAACGCUGCACAAUUCCCCCAGAGUGUGCCACUGCAGAAUUUCUUCUCUACAGAUCUGCUGUCUAUGAACAUGGAACCGUCAAACAGCAUGAUGAACUCGCUAGACAAACAGAUCUCCUAUGGGGACUUCUCCAUGGACGCCGGGAAUGUCCUGAUGAACGGAUCUAGCGGCUGGGGAGGCAUGUCUGGAAGCAACCCUCAGUCCAAUUCUCAGAUUCACGGCCAGCAAGGCAUGAAGGCUGAGAACAUGAGCGGCGACGAUUCUCACACCCAAGAUCAGAUGGGUAGCAAUGCUCUAAACCCGUACCUUGGUCAGGACGCAUCCCCUGGGUGGUUCUUACAAAUGGAGGGUCAAGACAUGGGCUUUGGAAGUGUCGAUCCUUUUGCGAACUUGUUUGGCAGCAAUGGAGGAAUGCUUAUGGCUGACCACCAGGGUGGUAUGUAA